AUGAGUGAGGGAGAUGAUCGAGAGGUUGUAGUGAUCGAAGGAAGAGAGAGCCUUGAUGGAGCUUUGGCUUGGACUGAAAGGGAGGGCCAGGCUACCGAGGUGGGGGCGCCAAUAGCGAGCAAGCCCACUGUUCUCAUAGGAGAUACAAGGGAGAAGGCCAGGCCUCGGGCUAGGGAGGAGGUGCCAGCUGGGCGUGCAGCAGAACAAGUUACUGUGGCGAUCCCAACACCAGGCGCCAAGGUUGCGGCAAGCUGGGCGCUAGGUGAGGAUGGGGCUGAGGCGACCCAAUUGGGCAAGGUGUCUUUUGUGGAGCUACUAGGCGAGGGAGACGAGAUUGGGCAGGCAGGGACAGCAGUCGAGUCAGCAGGCCAUCCAUUGGGCAAGCCCAUCAGGCGUUGA